GCUUUGCUAUCAGCAUCAUUAUCAAGUCGCGACUCGUUUGAAACAGUUCCUAUCGAAGUCAAAGUCCAAGUUCAAGUCAAAGCUUUUUAAUGUAUCCGCAGCUGGAACAGGAGCCACAGCUGGAGGAAAGGGCGACCAAGGUGCGUCUCCUGAGCAGCCACAACAAUCCGAAAGCCAUUUCCUGUGACGAUAGGAUUGACAAGAAAGUGACACCACCCAGUAAAUGGAAACGCGCCCUGUUGCGUCAUGUGCCCGUCUUUCAAUGGCUGCCCGCCUACAAUAUGGAAUGGGGCAUCGAUGAUUUUAUAGCUGGCAUCACACUCGGCCUCACCAUUAUACCCGAAAGUAUCGCCUGCGCCCUGCUAGCGGGUCUACCAGCUCGCUAUGGUCUGUGCUCGGCCUUUAUAGGACCGCUCAUUUAUCUGAUAUUCGGAUCUAUCGAUAAGGUGAUCAUUGGACCCACCAGCCUUGUGGCAUUAGUCAGCCUUCAAUUCACGGUCGGACGUCCCAUUGAGUUUGCCAUUCUACUCACCUUUCUUAGUGGAAUAGUUCAGAUCAUUAUGGGCACUUUACGAUUGGGCUUCAUCUUUGAGUUUAUAUCGAUGCCGGUAAUCAAAGCCUUCUCAUCCGCGACAGCUGUCCUAGUCAUCGAAUCCCAGCUCAAGGUCCUAUUAGGUAUUAAGUACUUGGUUCCUGGUCUCAUCAGCUCUGUGCGCACUCUCAGCUCCCGCAUCGGUGAAGCCAACAUGGGAGAUCUCAUAAUGGGCAUAUGUGCUAUCUCCUUUCUCCUAUUGCUUGAGUUACUGGAGCGUGUGGCACGCAAUGAGAAACGUGGCAAGACUUUGCGCGUCUGUUGUCGAUAUCUGUCCACCUCAAGGAACACGCUUAUUGUCCUCAUCGCCGCAAUUAUCUCCUACAUUUGGCUCGGCUUCAGGGACAAGCUACCCUAUGCCCUCGGCUCGAAUGCCCUUUCCAGCUUACCCAACUUUACGGUGCCCAGUUUAACUAUUGAAACUCCCACACAAACCUACAGCUUUUGGGAAAUUUUGAGUGAACUUAGCGUCGGCAUUAUUGUCAUACCUAUUGUGGGAAUACUAACCAACAUUUCAAUUGGAAAAUUAACUCCCAAGGGUCUAGUGGAUACAAAUCACGAACUGUUGACUGUGGGAUUGUGCAAUAUGUUUGGUUCCUGUGUGCAGGCAAUGCCCUCAUCAGGUGCCUUCAGUCGAUAUGCCAUUAGCACGGGAUGUGGCCUAAAGACUCCCAUGGCCAACUUGUAUCUGGGUAUAAUCGUUCUGCUGGCGCUGGGUUAUCUGAGUCCAUAUUUCAACUAUAUACCCGAAGCGACACUGGCAGCAAUUCUGAUCUGUUCGAUCUUCACCUUGCUGGACUUCAAGUUACCAGUGCGACUGUGGAGGGAGUCGAAGAGGGACUUUGGGAUAUGGAUGUUGUGCUUCUGUGUGUGUGUGCUCUUUGGCGUGGAGGUUGGAGUUUCGGUGAGCAUCAUUGUGACCGCACUGCAUCUGUUGUUCCUCUGGGCGCGACCAGAGAUUCUGGUCAAGAUUCAGGAAUUGGAUGAUAUGCAAUAUAUAUCUGUGGUGCCGGGAAAUGGAAUCUACUUUCCGGCUAUCAAUCAUUUGCGAAGUCUGGUGUUGAAAGCCUGCACUCAGGCGGACUUUAAGAUCACGGUGGUGAUCGAUGGACAUAAGAUCACCGGACUAGAUUAUACAGCAGCUCAGGGUAUAUCGAAGCUGUCGAGUGAUUUGUGCCGUCACUCGGAUGCAUCCAGUUCAACGCUGUUGAUACUCUACAGAUUUCCCGGGCACUUGCAACAUCUCAUUGAUGUGACUGACAAUCUGGUGUUUUGCGAGAGUGAGACAAAGGUCAAGGAGUUUCUCACACAAGAGUCCCUCCGAAAUGGUUAUAUCAACCUGAAGGAGCAUAUACGCGCCUCAAUUGAUCUGGGCUAUAAGAUUGACAUUGAAUAAGUACUUGGAAAAGUCACUACAUUUUAGCCAUAAGUUAAUUUAACUAUUUAUUUAAAUGUUUCUCUUAAAAACUCAAAAAAAUAUAUAUUUGCUAUAGAUUUGCUAAUUUAUUGUCCCAAACCGGAAAUCGAAAUCCGAGUGAAAAACUAGAACAAAUUCGUUAACGGCAGCAAUUUAUAAGCGCCCCACUGACCUCUAACACUCAUUUGCACCACAGCCAUAUGCAAGAGAAGAGCGUGGGGGGAAGAGCUGGGCAAGGGGCAGGUUGCCAUUGGCGGCGCCGUCAAUGAUUGCCAAGCUAAUGGAUUUCUGUUUACUUUUUCACUUAGAACGUCGAAUGGGAG